GUUAGGGUUUAAUACAACACUGGGUUAAGUGAAAAAGAUGGCUUCGGCAAGCAGAUCAGCUAUCGUCUCUGGUGCGAGAACAAUUGCAGCUAGAUCAAAUCUGAUUUCGAGAACCCUAACCCCCAAAUCCGUACCCGUUUCUCCAUUCCAUUCAUCAACAAGAACCGUCCCUCGCGCAGCUUCAAGGAUUGUUGCGGCAUUGGGAACUGUUGAGUCGAUGCUGCCUCUUCACAGUGCAAUUGCAUCUGCUCGUCUUAGGUCAAAUAUUGCUGUUGAUUCCACCUGCUGGAGCUGGCUUUCUCAAGACUUUGGACUUCCUCGGUGACAACAGCUUCAACCACAUUGGAUCACGAUUUUUCUACUGCUUGUUAUUGAUUUAAGAAUUUUGGUGGCAUCACAAAACAUUCAUUGCAUAAUCUCAUCAUGUGUUUCCUGAAGGCUAAAACAACUAAAAUGAACAAAUGUUUAUGAAUCACCUUGAUGUUUUUGAAGGCCCAUUUGUUACACAACACAUAACAAGUUGUACUAUGUUUUGUGUGUUGGACUGAGACUCACUGAUGUUAAUCAGACAAAAACUGUAAAUUUUUAGUCCCAUCUGAAAAGGUGGGACCUGGACACGAUCCAUAUUUUAUAUGUGCAAAAGACAUGAAUGCCCUAUUGUGUAACAAACGUAACCUAAAGCUUUCUUUGGAGCAUUUUUUUA